AUGUCUGCCACAGAUGGCACCAAGAUAUUUGGGUCGUUGAACAAGGCACAAUGUCGCGCUGUGGGCUCUCGAGCGUCGACCGUCGCCAUCUUGGCUGGUCCAGGCAGCGGCAAAACUCACACUCUGACUUCUCGAGUCGCGUGGCUCAUCGACCAUGCUCGCUUCGAACCCAAGGACAUCAUCGUCGCGACCUUUACGGUCAAGGCAGCUCGCGAGAUGAAGGAGCGCAUCGGCAAGGCCCUGGGCGACGGAAGAGAGAGAAAGAUCAUUCUCGGAACCUUUCACAGCGUCGCUCGGCGAUAUCUUGCUACAUACGGCCAGAGAAUCGGCUUGGACCCAAAAUUCGGCAUUGCUGAUGAUUCAGAUUCCAGAGGAAUCGUGACUCGGAUAUGCAAAAGGCUCGAUAUCCACAUUGAGGUCCCACUUGCCCGGGCAUACAUCAGUAGGAAGAAGGCUGGAGGAUCCUUCAAUGACGAAACCGCCAAAGCAAGGAGGGCCAAGUCUGUGGAAUCGGUAGCCUACGAAACGUGCUAUGCUGAAUACCAGAGUCAGCUUGAGCGUUCGAACCUGCUUGAUUACGACGAUCUGCUCGUCCGCUGUGUCGAGUUACUGCGCCAACAUCCAUCUUGUGUAUCGAAUAUACAAGCAGUCUUGAUAGACGAAUACCAAGACACUAACGGAAUUCAGUUCGAGCUGAUGAAACUCUUCGCACAGUACAACCGAAGAAUCACGAUAGUCGGCGAUCCGGAUCAGAGUAUCUAUGGAUGGCGAUCAGCAGAGAUAAGAAAUCUGCAUCGUUUCUUGCGAGACUUUCCAGGCACCGAAGAAAUAUCACUAGAAGAAAACUAUCGUUCAUCAAGCUCGAUCCUGGACACCUCUUUGAAGGUUAUCCAGCAGGACAAGGAACGUUACCAGAAGGCUCUCCUGCCAGUGCAUAACAAAGGAACUCGUCCUGUUCUUCGCAGGCUCAAAAAUCAACUAGAUGAGGCCGACUGGAUCGUGUCAGAAAUAAAGCGCAUCAAGAUGAUGUCAGGGGACAUGGUAGGCCCUGACGAUAUCGCAAUACUCCUGCGAUCUGCUUCUUUGUCCAGGCACAUUGAAUCGGCACUUGGAAGGGCCGGUAUGGCAUACCGCAUGGUUGGUGGAUUCAAAUUCUAUGAGAGGACUGAAAUCAAACAGAUCCUUGAUUACCUGCGAAUCAUCCACCAGCCACACAAUAACGAUGCCCUCGCCCGCAUCAUCAAUGUGCCAAAGCGUGGCAUUGGAAAGGAGACUAUCCAAUCCUUGGUUGAGGAGGCCGAGCGGAACUCGCUUAGUCUCUGGGAACUACUUGAGAAGCAUUGCCGUGGAGAUCGUACGGCGAAGACCAACAUCAGGAAGCAGACCGAACAGAAGAUCAGUGGCGAAUUUCUCCGAUUAGUCAAUGGACUGCGUGCCCGACUUCGGGAUCGCACAGAUGGAACGGCUGCUCUCAACCUCGUGGAGAUCAUAGAGAAGCUCCUUCGCGACUUGCAGUUCGAGAAGUUCUUGGAAGAGACCUGCCCUCAAGACAAUGAGUCUAGAUGGGCCAAUGUUCAAGAAUUCAUAGGACUUGCCGGAGAGUUCAUGAGGGAUCAGGCGAUGGCGGAGGAGGACCUUCUGCCCGACGUUGAGGGCAUGCAACAAAACGUUAAUACUGAUGUGCUCUCCCGUUUCCUUGCAAACGUAUCCCUGGCCUCCGACAAGCAGACGGAUAACAAGGACGAAGAGGCUAAACCACACAUCACUGUGUCAACAAUACACGCCGCCAAAGGCCUCGAAUGGCCUAUUGUAUUCAUUCCGGCUGUGUAUAAAGGCUCGAUACCGCACAAGCGAUCUGACGACGAAGCCGAGGAAAGACGUCUACUACAAGGGCCAACGUUCGAGAGAAAAAUGAUGACGGAAUUGGCUCGUAUGUUACAGCGCAAGCUACCGUCUGAGGAAGUCAUCUACAAGAACAUGCCCCCGAUGAGCUCACUCGAGGAUAACCUUUUCCCAACCGACCCGAACAACCAAACGCAUUCGGAAAGAGCAUCCACUGAUACAGCCCCUUCGAUACAUCCCAUGAAGCGUCACAAGACUCACCACGUCAGCAGUAGCGCCAAGAUUGUGCCCGAAUCAGUAGAAGGGUGGAAUGUCCCGUAUGCAACUACAAUGCAACGCUCUUCCUCUUUCACAUUACCAGGAUUCACCACGGCUGGCGCUCAGCAUGUGGCCGAUGCUGCCGAGCAGGCCUCAAAGCCCGCUGCAAAGCCUACUGCAUCCAGCACAAGGGUUGGUACCAAUAAGAGACCUCCCGGGCAACGAAGUCUUCUUGGCUACAUUGUGAGCGAUCACGACCGAUCGAAAAGCGGACCCGAGGAACCAGACCUACCACCUCAGCCGCCCAAUCCUCCUAGAUAUCUUUCGGGACCCCGGUCUCUACCCAUUCGCAAUCCCGUGGCCCAAGAAAUUUCGGAGAUACAGCCACAAUUUUCAAACCACAAGCUAGGCUCUGCGAAGCUCGCCACGAAGCCAGCACAACCGAAACGUGAAAUUGACGUGGCGGCGAAACCAUAUGCUUGCUUCUCAAGCUCGCCUUCCAAGCCUUCUCCUGAAAAGCCACCUGCAAAACAAGAUGCAGAGCCUGUACCCCCUGAAGAACAGACCCGGCCGGCAUUAUGUUUCCAUGCAACCACUGUCAAUGUACCUCAACCGAGAGGCGUUAAGAGACCUGCGGGACUAGGCAGAGACGGGAUUGCACCGAUCGACCGGCUCAGAAAGCCAUUCAAACCAUUGACCAUAAACAAGCAGCUUCAUGGCCAGCGAUAG